UAAGAUAUCCUAUGUCAUCAACUCAAGGGGCUUUGUUGUUCUUUCGGGACAGAAAGACGGAGAAAAUUAUUGUUUGUUAAUCGUUAACAGUCGGCCUGAGCAAGGAUAAUGUUUCACAAUCAAAAGCAACUGUGGAAGAUAACCGUUGCCGUCUGUUAAACAGUAGUGUAUUUGCGGGACCAAAUCAGCUCGGCAGUGAGCUAGCAUUAGCCAUUUCGGGGGGAGCGUCAGGAAUUCCAGGCAUUGGGAAGAAGAGGAGAAAUCUCUGUUGGGAUGCCUCACACAAGUUGGGAAAAAACUGUAUUUUACAGUUCCGCCUGGAGCCAUGAAAUGUACGCCAGAAAUAUGUGUUCGUUUGACUGAUAUCAGAUUUCAGGGACAAUCUCGUGGUAAUUUUGUAACUGUUAACGUGCCAGUUUAGCGAGUUAGCCACGUAGCUACGUAGCCUUCGGUAGGAAGUCAUUUAAAAUGGCGGAAGGUUGGUUCAUUCCUUCGGCCCUUGUCUUCAUGCUGUUGACUUUGAGUGGCUGGGCUCUUGGGUCUUGUCCUGCUCCUUGCUCGUGUUAUAAAGGACACGAUGAGGUCCGUAUUCUGGACUGCAACAGGAAAAGGCUAUCGACGGCUCCCAGUGACCCACCAGAUGGGAUAACUCAAGUCACCAUGAAUCACAAUGAGCUGACUGUUCUUCCCUUUCUUGGAGAUGUUUCCUCAAAUAUCACCUCACUGUCAUUAGUUCACAAUCGGAUCUCAGAGCUGUUGAUGCAUCAGCUGCAGCCCUAUGUUUCCUUGGAGACACUGGACCUGACGUCCAACUCCAUCUCUGAGCUCAAAGUUGGAUCCUUCCCCUUCAUGCAGCUGAAAUAUAUGAAUUUGAGUAAUAACAAGAUCAGCGUCCUCGAGCCUGGCUGCUUUGAAAACAUCUCCAGCUCCCUGCUGGUGCUGAAGCUGAACAGAAACAGAUUAGCUGUGCUGCCAUCGAAAGUCUUCAAACUUCCACAGCUUCAGUUCCUUGAAAUGAAGCGUAACAAGAUCAAGAUAGUGGACAGCCUGACAUUCAAAGGGAUGGACUCACUGAGGUCACUGAAGAUGCAGAGGAACGGCAUCACUAAGCUCAUGGAUGGCGCCUUUUUUGGGCUUAACAACAUUGAAGAACUAGAGAUGGAGCACAACAACUUAACUGAGGUCAACAAAGGUUGGCUAUAUGGUCUGCGCAUGUUGCGGGUUCUGCGGGUCAGCCAGAAUACCGUGGGCAUCAUCCGACCAGACGCCUGGGAGUUUUGCCAAAAGCUGGAGGAACUAGACUUGUCCUUCAAUCAUCUGACUAGACUUGAAGAGACAGCUUUUGUUGGUUUAGGUCUCCUGGAGAGCCUGAACCUGGGAGAAAACUCCAUCAGCCAUUUGGGAGAGGGAGUGUUCAGUGGCCUGGCAAGUCUACGCACCCUAGAUAUCCGCAAUAAUGAAAUCUCCUGGGCCAUUGAAGACUCCAUUGGUUUGUUUGAUGGAAUGAAGAAGCUGAACACACUAAUCCUACAGCGGAACACAAUCAAAUCAAUCACUAAGAAAGCGUUCGAGGGCCUGGAGGAGCUGGAGCACCUGGACCUCAGCAAAAAUGGCAUCAUGUCGAUACACCCCGAGGCGUUGUCCCAUAUGAAGCUCAAAGUGUUUGUCUUGAACACAAGCAGCCUGCUGUGUGACUGCCAUAUGCAGUGGCUGGGGUCUUGGCUGACCGACAGCCAGUUUCAGCAGUCUGUCUCUGCUGUCUGUGCUCACCCUGCCAGCCUUCUUGGUCGUAACGUCCUGUCCAUCAGCCCGGAAGAGUUUGUUUGUGAUGAUUUCCCAAAGCCUCAGAUCACAACUCACCCAGAGACGUCUGUGGCACUGCGGGGGAACAACGUGACUCUGAGCUGCAUUGCGUCUAGCAGCAGCGAUUCGCCAAUGACCACAGCAUGGCGGAAGGAUGGGGAGGUGCUAUAUGAUGCAGAAGUGCAAAACUACGCCCGGUACCAGGAGGGAGAGCUGAUUUACACCACUGUGCUUCAUCUACUUAAUGUCAACUUUACUGAUGAGGGCCGCUAUCAGUGUGUGGUCUCCAAUCACUUUGGCUCCAACUACUCCAACAGGGCCAAGCUUACCGUCAAUGAGCUGCCAUCCUUUCUUAAGACUCCCAUGGAUUUGACGAUUCGAACUGGUACCAUGGCCAGGCUAGAGUGUGCUGCUGAAGGCCAUCCAUCACCCCAGAUUGCUUGGCAGAAGGAUGGGGGCACUGACUUCCCUGCUGCCCGAGAGCGCAGGAUGCAUGUGAUGCCAGAUGAUGACAUCUUCUUCAUUGCGAACGUGAAGACAGAAGACAUGGGAGUAUACAGCUGCACAGCACAAAAUGCAGCUGGCAGCCUGUCUGCAAAUGCUACUCUCACCGUCCUGGAAACUCCAUCCUUCAUGCGGCCGCUGGAAGACAGAACCGUGGCCCGUGGUGAAACUGCCGUGCUUCAGUGUAUAGCUGGAGGCAGCCCCGCCCCUCGUCUCAACUGGACCAAAGAUGACGGGCCUCUGGUGCUCACUGAGCGCCACUUCUUUGCUGCAGCCAACCAGCUCCUUAUCAUAGUUGAUGCCGGUCCUGCUGAUGCUGGGAAAUACACCUGCAUAAUGUCUAACACUCUGGGAACAGAACGUGGCCACAUCUACCUGAGCGUUUCGCCAUCACCAAACUGUGAUACCGUCACAGGAUAUGACCAGGAUGGCUGGACCACUGUGGGCAUUGUGGUGAUUGUGGUGGUGUGUUGUGUGGUUGGAACCUCUCUGGUAUGGGUCAUUGUCAUCUAUCACAUGCGCAGGAAGAGCGAGGACUACAGCAUCACCAACACAGAUGAGAUGAAUUUGCCAGCAGACAUCCCCAGCUACCUGUCCUCUCAGGGUACUUUGUCAGAGCCUCAGGAAGGCUAUAGUAACUCUGAGGCUGGCAGCCACCAGCAGCUCAUGCCUCCUCUCUCCAAUGGAUAUGUCCAUAAGGGCACAGAUGGUGUGUGUUAUGGAGACACAGGCAGCGAGGUGGAAACUGAGGGGAACGGCAUGCUGCACUGCAGGGUGGGCUCUCUGUUCACUGGACGUAGCAGCUUCCACCCUGGAGACCCCCGUGAGGGACUGUCUGGAGUUCCCACAGGUGGUGCAGGCCCCGUGGUCAUCUGCUCCGACUGCUACGACAAUGCCAACAUCUACUCUCGUACACGGGAGUACUGCCCCUACGCCUACCUUGGGGAGGAUGAUCCACUGGACAAGACUCCACCCGGCCUGAAGGACGGCUUCAUUGAGCAUGCCCAGCACAAAGACACUGCACUGGAGAGCCUUAUUAGCAACCAGGACUCCUCCAACUUUCUCACCUCACAUGACAAAAGGUUGAACAGCCACACUCCCCCGGAGCACUACACCAACGAUUUUCUUAGCAGGUCCUUCUGGGGAGAAGGGGAAGAUCCGUCCUCAAAACACCAACCAGGUCCAUCCCAGCACCCAGUGACUGUACACAGGACACCUCCUCUGACUUCCACUGCUGACAGGGCAGAGGAACAGAGUGAAGCAGAGGUGGACAGCUUUCCCAGGCGAUGCACACCGGACCACAGAAGUGCCUCUAAUAGGACUAACCCUCAGGAGCGUUCUGCUCCCACAUAGGUCCUUAUACUCCGUCCCGCGUUCUGCCUCUGACACCUUGUUGCUGCACCUCCCCUACCCCCACUACCUCCAAAGAAACUCCUUACAUUCUGCCAAAGAUGCUCUCUUGUAUGUUUACAUUCCCCUUUCACUCAAGAGGACAUGCUAACGGUCUCCACUGUGGAAAGACUGCCGUGUCAGAUGGAGAAAUGGGCCGGUAAUUAAAGUGACCUCCUCCUUGACACCUCCACAGGACCCCUUAUUCCCACAUCCUUCCUCACUUCUUUGUUCUCUUUUUGGAGAAAGCUAUGAAUGUAUUCUUUAAAGAGUCAUGUCGGAUGCUGCCAUGAGAAAAUGCCAAGACAUGGUGGAGUAUUUAUAAGCUCUCUCUCCCCUGUCCCUUCCGCUGUGGGGCUGAAAUUCAGUGCCAGUUUUGUCUCAUCAUUCCUGGUACAGACACCUGUUGGAGCUGGCUACAUGACUUUGGUAGUAAUUACAAAUCACCUAUUCCCAAGGAGGGGAAAGUGGGGUUUAAACACGGGACAAAUGUAGUUCCCUAACCAGCAGUUUGUGGUUGUUUUAAUAUAGGAAAGAACAUUCAACAUAUGUCCCAAAUUCCCACAGCCAUCCCGACUGACUCAAAACUAUGCUAUCUGGUAUCCUGUUAUGCAAAUCCCAGAGACUUCGACACCAAACUGUGGUAUAUAUUAUGAAUCUAUAUAUGAAUAUAUCCUAUAUCAUUAUCUCAUCUUGUUUCUGUCCUUUUAAAUUUUUUUUCUUUUUUUUUUUUUUUAAUGUCUUCGUAAAGAUAAGUUUGGAGAGAAGGCGUACAAUUUUUUGCACAUGUGACAAUCAUGGUUUUGCUGGCUAUCUUCUUAUGGUUGUUUAUUGGAUGGCCUUUUUAACAAGCAUUCUCAGUAACCCCGGUCAGGUGACAUUAUGGUUUAUAUAUACAGUGUGCACUGAUUUGUUUUCCCUUUUGUCAUACCUUGCAGGCACUUAAUUUAAUGGUGGCCAACUUUACUAUGCAGUGCGCAUGCCAUUUUAAAAGAUUUUUCAUCCCAGUUUUAUCUUAAAAAGUUCCUGAUCCUUCCGUAGAUAGUGAUCAAGUCUAGGUUUUCACUUGGGACUGUGACAAAUGAGAAUGUAUUGUAUUAUUUUAUUCAUGUAUGUAUGUAUUUGUACAUAAGGCUAGUAAUCUAUUAAACGCCAUGUCCUACUAGUCCAUUUGCAGAGAUGUUUGAGACAUAAGCUGCAGUAAUUUUAAGCGUAUUCAUUUUAAGCCUUUAUUGUCCCAGCAUUCUCCUGAAGUUUUUACAUGUUGGUUCAGGUAACAAGAAGAACACAUUUUCUCAAUAAGUGGGUGAUAUUUCCCUCAUAACUGAAAGUCAGCAAUCCGACAGCUGCCAGCUUUAGCAAACUGUACUGUUUCCAAAUGUCAGUUUUUAAGUUAGAUCGCCUUGAUUAUUGCACUUUUGUGACUCAGAAGCUUAUGUUUGCCCAAUAUAUUUAGCAAAUUGUACUCUGUUGCCAGUUUAUUAGGUACACCUUGCUGAAAGCAAUGCAGUCGAAAGAGCAGUCCUUCGAUAUAUCCUACCUUUUGUGAAGGUUAUAAUGUACAGUUUUUGUUGAAAAACAUUUUUACAUAGGAUUGUAUUCAACUGUAUGAUCAUUUUGGAGGAUGUAGUUUGUGGUGGUGGUGUUGAAUUGUAUUGCAUUAUACUGGCAGAUGUUGUUAUUUUGUGCAGCACAUUUUCAUCAUAUUUAUAUUUCGUGAUGGUAGGAUUUAUUGCACGACUGUUGUAUUAGAUGGUUUUAGCUAGGUGUACCUGAUAAUAAACUGUCAAUUGAGGGUAUAUCAUACUCAUUCUUCAACGCUACAUCUGACAACAUAUUUGAAAGUUUAUUUUUGUUUUUGUACUUUGUUAUUUUGAUGAUUAGCACUGCUACAUUCUACUCUUUGAUUUUUGACCAAAAAAGGAGUUGUCAUGUUCCUUUUCUCCCUCUUUUGUAGUGGUACACUGAGUGUUCGAGAGUAUUUCAGACACUAAAAAUCAAUAAUGCUUAAAAGUUAAUCUACAGUGAAAAUGUGCGACGGUGUUGCUUGAUGCCAUGUUUUUGAUGUCAUGUCACAAAGUGUAACAUGGCCAUACAAAUGAUUUUUAUUUUUAAUCAAUAAUUACUCAAAAUUGACUGCAUGUGUGUUAAGCAGCAAAUGCGGUACCCCUCCACCUCCCCCAGUGGUAUUUACAGACAUGAACUACAUGUCCUGCCCUCUUUUGGUUAAAAAUUUUUUCAUAUUUUGUUAAUCAUGCUUUCCUUCGAUUUGCCAGAUAAACACAUUCCAAGCCUUUUCCUCUGAAUUUAGUGUUGCCCAGAUUAUUGAUUACCUACUGGUAUUAUAAGACAAGACCUGGGUCUCUUUUGCAUUUUGACACACUCCUUGCUUCAGUGGAAGCAGCUUUUUUGUUGUUUCUUGAUGUUUUUUGACUGUUUGCCAAGAUGGAGAAAUUUAAAUGAAAACUUGCAGUGAUAAGGAAUCUUAAAGGAGCUACAUGCCGGAGGGGGGAGGGGGGUUAUAUUGAUUCACUGUUCCAUAAUUUCUGCCAACACAGCAUAAACAUAAUGUGCAUUUGUAUGAUUUUAUUCUCUGAACGUCCUUUAUGACUUUAUACCAAAGUUUAGCAGUAACUGCUUUGGCAAUAUCCAAUGCUGCUUUUUUUUUGUUUUUUUGAAAUUUUGUUUUCAUUAGUAUUUUUGGACCUUUUUUCUUUGUUUUGGACCUGUACAUUCUGUAAAGCAUGUCUAACAAGCCUUUUUGUUACGUAGCAAUUACUCGAACAUUAAACAUGAAUUCUGAACAUUG